AUGUCAACUGAGCAGGCCACUGGGUUCGUCCGUGAUCAGUUCUUGAGCUGGUUCAAAGGCGCUGGCGGUUGGUACAACGAAACUGCUGUCGACCUCAUACCCUACCCUGGCAUGAACUAUGGUGCUACCGCCCUCGAAAAUAUCAAGGAAGAUACUCCUCUGUUUCAUAUCCCAGACUCUCUCAUUCUCUCGCCCUACACAUCUACUCUCAAGGAGCACCUGUCGUCUGAAGAAUGGGAACAGCUCGGCCACGGAUGGUCGCAGUUGAUACUAGUAAUGAUGUGGGAGAGCAUACGAGGAGAUGAGAGCCCAUGGUCUGGCUAUCUUGGAAAUAUGCCGAGGCAAUUCGAGACGCCCAUGUUUUGGAGCGAAGAGGAGCGAAAGUAUCUGGCUGGGACGGAUAUCCAAGACAGAAUAGGUCGAGAGGACGCUGAACAAGAAUAUACCAACGUCCUCCUCCCCGUGAUCUCUGCCCACCCAGAACUCUUCCCCGCCGGCUCGCCCCACACCUCCAUCGACGCCUUCCACCUCCAAGGAUCUCGUAUCCUCUCUCGUUCAUUCACCGUCCCUCUCAGUCGAUUCGACAACACACCCAAAGCUGCGGAGCAACCAGAGGAUAGCGACGAUGAGGAAGAGGAGGACCAAGGGGUGGUGGUCAUGGUGCCUUUUGCAGACAUGUUGAAUGCCGCGUUUGAAAAAGACAACGCACAUCUGUUUGUGGAUGAGGAAGCCUCGGAAGAGUUUAAGAGUGGGGUUAUGAUGAGAAGUACCAAAAAGGUCACAAAAUCUCAGCAGAUCUACAACACCUACGAUGCCCCGCCCAAUUCCGAGCUCCUCAGGAAAUACGGGCAUGUAGAUGUCCUUCCCCUCCCCAAAGACAUCACCAAGCUCUUAAAAUCUUCAAAGGUUGGCGCCGAGUGGCCGUUCGGAAAUGCGGGCGACGAGGUGCUCCUGUCUGGAGAAGCUAUCGUCGAGAGCGUGGCAGAUAAGCUUGGCGAGAAGGCUGAUGACAAGUGGAGGGAAGACAUUCAGACCAGAAUAGAUUGGUGGCUCGAGGAAGGCCAAGAAGAUGCGUUCCCUCUUGGAUACGACGAAGAGAUUGACGACGGGUUGAUAUCCUUUGCCCGCCUGCUCUCGAACGGCGAAGAUUGGGAGAAGGCUCAGAAAAAGAGCAAGCCCCCCAAACCGACUGUUGAUGGGGAUGUCGCUGCUAUCAUCAUCAAAGCUAUUGAGCAACGAAAGAGCACGUACGAAGGGGCCAUUGAGGAUGACAUUGCUCUCUUGAAAGCCUCCGCCCAAUGGACCGUCGCCAACUCUCCAGACACCCCCAAGUCUGACGAGACGCCCGUCAGCCAACAACGCAAAGAAAUGGCUGCUGUGGUCAAGCUGGGCGAGAGACGUAUCCUCGAGAUUGCUUCUCACGUCAUCAAGAAAGCUGUCAAGACGGAGGCUGCUGCGUCAAAGAAGAGGAAGGCAGGCUCUGUGAUGGUAGGGAAGGGCAAGAAGCUUUCAUAG